AUGGAUAAUGAAAAAAGUGUCCCAAGCCCGAAAAGCCCUAAAAGGCGACGUUCUCCCAGAACGAAACCAAGUCCUAUUCUAAACCCUGAUGGAGAAUCACCAGAUAAUCAAGAACAUGGAGUCGAUUUGGAGGGAAGUGAACCACUAUUUACAUCAACUCAGGACCCGGAUAAGCAGCCCCAUGGAGCCAACCCGCCGCCCAAAAGAAUGAGUGUCAACCUUUCAAUGGACGAGGAACUAUACAACCAGAUAUACGAGAGGAAAUUGAAAGAAUUCAACGAAGCUGAUGAAGCUGGUAAAUCUCUCCUUGUUAAAAGAACACUGCCAUCAUACAUGCAUAGCUUCUUUGACGAGGUCUUCACAGAUAGGUUGGAUCAGCAUGGUUUUAUGAUUGAGAACCCUCUAAAUCGUAAAGUAAUUGAACUUCAGACAAAUAAAAUGGAGCUUCACAUCCUAACAGCGAUCCGAAGAUUUAAGUCUACCUUCUCAAAGGACGGUGAAUCACCAGGAGUAGACGAAGCUGACCUAGAUCAAUCAGUCCUGAAUGCUGGCGACCCCGAACAACCAACAAAUAACUCAACCGAAAAAGAUCGUUCUCUACUAGCUGACGAGGAAGACAACAACAAGGAAGAGGAAGAAACGACACCACCAAAGAAAACCAAAAAGAAAGGCAAGAAGAAGAAAGAAGUGAAAAAGAAGAAGAAAUCAAAGAGACACUCCAGCAGCCAAGAGGAAGAGGAACAAUCCAGUCAAUCUGAGCUGAGCGACAAUAGCGAAAAGGAAGAAAGCGACAGCGAUGGUGAAGAAUCAAAAGAGGUGAAAAAAGAAGAAGAAUAUGAGCCCAGUAUCUACGUCGGUAAAUUUGGCAUCUGGGAUAAAUCGCUAUAUAAAGAUGGUGUAAGAAGAAAGAAGAAGCAAGAUGAAAUAACAGUUAGAAGGUGUAUAACUGUCCCAAAGUGCGGUUACCUGGAAACUGGAACAUCUUACAAUCUUGAAAGACAUGCUGCCAACAACCACCCUGAAGAUGAACCAAGAUCUGAGUCUACAUACAUGACAACAACUGAAUUCGCUAAACUCAAAGCAAAGUUUGACCAGGAAAUCAAAGCGAAAGAGAUUGAGAAGUCUAUUCGGAUAAAGUUAGAGAAAGACAGAAAGAUCAAGAAAAAUAAAAAGACAACAAAACGCAAAAGACGGGUCCCAUCAUCCUCAAGCUCAAGCUCUUCUAGCUCUGAAUCAGAAUCUGAAUCAGAUUCUAAUAAGAAAAAGAAAAGACAUAGCAACAAAAAGAAAAGAACCAAAUAA